AUGUUGUCCGAGGACAAGUCUAUGUUGUCCGAGGACAAAUCUAUGUGGUCUGAGGACAAGUCCAGGAUGUUCGAGGACAAGUCCAUGUGGUCCGAGGACAAAUCUAUGUGGUCUGAGGACAAGUCCAUGUCGUCCGAGGACAAGUCCAUGUGGUUCGAGGACAAGUCUAUGUGGUCUGAGGACAAAUCUAUGUGGUCUGAGGACAAGUCCAGGUGGUUCGAGGACAAGCCCAUGUGGUUCGAGGACAAGUCCAGGUGUUUCGAGGACAAGUCCAGGUGGUUCGAGGACAAGUCCAUGUGGUUUGAGGACAAGUCCAGGUGGUUCGAGGUCAAGUCAAGGUGGUUCGAGGACAAGUCCAGGUGGUUCGAGGACAAGUCCAGGUGGUUCGAGGACAAGUCCAGGUGGUUCGAGGACAAGUCCAGGUGGUUCGAGGACAAGUCCAGGUGGUUCGAGGACAAGUCCAGGGGGUUCGAGGACAAGUCCAGGUGGCUCGAGGACAAGUCCAGGUGGUUCGAGGUCAAGUCCGGAUGGUCCGCUGAUACAUAA